AUGUAUGUUCCAAAUUCAAUGUGGACAUGGUCCUUUUGCAUUGUGACUGUUUUACAAACAAUCAUCACGCUGGCUCUAGAGUGUUAUGUUUUCGCAGACUUCCAGCUCAAGCUCGUUGAAGAAAUCGCUGGAGACGUGCCCUCAUCUAAAACAAUUCCGACCUUUUUAGCACUAUACAGUUUCGGUUUCGUUUAUGAGUUGGUACUAGUUUACGAUGCACUACGUCUCAAGAACACCAUUCAAGUUAUCGGGCUGUGUAUAUGCAACAUUGGACUGCUGAUCUAUGGCGCUGUGCAAGUGGAACAGAUCAAAGAUGCGGUCUCGAUCUUACAUGACAAUUCAGCCAUUGACCCAUCCGUGUGGGAACAGAUCAAGCCUUUCCUGAUCAUCAUCCCAUGUGUUGUAGCCAUGGGUAGUGUACUGAUGAUGAUCGUUGCCUGGAAAUUAUAUGAUGAAUUUGCGUGGUCAAUCUAUAAGCACAUCAGCGCUGACUUGCGAAUGAAGCGUCGAUAUCUGACGUAUCAGAUCUACAUCGCGCUUCUCAAGUUCGACUUCUUCUUUUUCCUUGGGUUUACCGUUCAGUUCAUUGUCAUCGUCACCAACAAGAGUGAUGCCGAGUUUGCUCUCACCCUAGCGGCUAUCCCUGUUACAAUUUUGAUCCUGUUAGCAGCCGCUCUAUUCGUCAGGCGCGAAAGCUCUUUCGGAAUGAUCAUUAUCAUUCUCCUCUACUUUGCUGCACUGGCAUAUUUCCUGUUCAAGCUUGUUCGCAUGUACUCCCCGAGCACUUAUGCAGAAUAUCUCCAGGCUCAACGGUCUCUAACGUUUUUCGCUGUGAUCACACUUGUUUUAAUCGUUAUGACCAUUAUCAACGCUUGCUUGUGCAUGCACAAUUUCCAUAAGGGCUUGAAACCGCAUGUGAACAAAAAGAAGGCGCGCAAAGAAGCGGAGAAGACGACAGAGCUGUCUUCGAACAUAACUGGCCAGGCUUCUCCUCGUGCCGCUUCCCCCCUGACCUCUGGUGCUGAAUCUGGCCCAGACUCCAAGGCUUCUGGCUCUGGUGCUGGAGCCGCUGGCUCUGUUUCUUCUGUGGCUCGUACCUCCUCUCCCACUCCACCCGGUGGACCUCGAGCUGCUUUGCGUCGUCGCGCGGCUGCCGACCACAAGGAGUCUCUCCGCAAUGUUAGACCAAGCUCGACUCGCGCUGCCGGUGCUGGCGGCUCUUCCGGUACUAUGCUCAAGCUCUACACCGACGAGAGCCCUGGUUUGAGGGUCGACCCUGUUGUCGUCUUGGUUCUGAGCUUGGGCUUCAUCUUCUCGGUCGUUGGUCUGCAUGUUAUCGCCAAGAUCACUCGCAAGUUCUCCACGUAA